AUGCAAUUUCGAACUGUACGACCUGUGGUGUCCCGCCCGCCACCUUCUAGAGAGGCCGAGACCGUCGAAGCCAUCUCCGUGCGGCAGAAGCUGAUUGUGUUGCGGGAGAAUCUCAAGACGCGGGUGACUGCCCAUCCAGAGGAUUCCACGGCCUUUCUGCAGCUGGUUGGCGUACAUGUACAACUGGGAGAGGCCGGCGCGUGCGCGCUCUGGGCUCGGAACUUCGCGGCGAGCCGCGCCGACUUUUCGUGGCGCAGCGCGGCCAAAGCGUUGCAUCGAGGGCUUGGACCGAGCUAUGCAGAGGAGCUUUUGAUGGAUGUGCUGAGCUUUUCAUCCACUGAUGACGCCACUAGAGCAGAGGUUUGCAGCAUCUUGGGCCAACUGCGUCCUCAUGAUGCAAUGCAAUGGUACCGCAAGGCGUUGAAUGUGGAUGAAGGAUGUGUGCCGGCACUUUUGGGUAUGGCACGUCAGCUUCAUCAUGACAACUACCCAAGAGAAGCAGCAGAGAUGUUCAAAGCAGCAACUCUGAAGAGAACCUUGGACACGCGCGACCUCUUCAGCUACGGCGAGGCCUUGGUGUUGGCCGGUCGAUGUAGGGAGAGUUGCGAAGUGCUGCAAGAAGUCCUGGACAGACCAGACAUAGGCUUUCAUGCCAUGGCGUGGGCCAGCUCAGCCUUGGCACAUGCGCUGGAGCAUCAAUACACAUCAGCAUUGGACUGCUGUCGGGAAGUGCCUCGGUCUCCCAGGUGCAAGGAGGCCCUUGAUCUUGCUCACUUCCUGGAAGCUCUGUGCCACUACCGUUGCUCCGAGCUGGCAGCGGCACAGGAUCUCGCUCGGAACUCGUUGGCCCGGGAUCCUUGCAAAUUGCGAGAGAGACUUUGGGGACUCCUUUGUCGAGUUGAGGUGCUAAAUGGCAACCUUAUGGCUGCUGAGCAUUGCUACCAAGAAGCGCUUCAACUUGGGCAGUGCAUCGACACAAAGACUGCUGGAGCUGUCUUGAGGAUGGUGCAGAUGCAGUGGGAUGAUGCAGAAGAGAUAUUGCAGGAGGUGCUCAACAAUCCCCCGGGAGAGGAUGGCUGUGAUAGCAAUUGCCCUGAGGCAUUGCUUUUGCACGCACAGCUCCUGCUAAGACAAAUGCAACAUGACCUGGCGCUGGAGUACUUGCAAAAGUGCUUGCGUCAACCCUUUACUUUGUUCUUUGGAAGGAUGGAGCAAAGCCUUGCGCAUUUGGCCUCAUGCCUUUGCUACCAUCAUCUUGCGUCACGAAGAGAUCGAGGAGAUUCAGCUGCCAGUGGAAGACAAGGAGAUUCUGAAAGUUCUCCCACAGGCCGGCGAUGGCCAACACUUUUCGGUCUGUUGACCGGUGGAAGAUCGGGAGAAACAGAUGCGGAGGCGGAGUUGUCGCGCCCCACCCGAAGCCAAAGCGCUUUGGAACAUUUCCGCUGCGCCUUGGAGCUCGAGCCGCAAACUCAGAACUCCAUUGUGGCCUGUGCUGACGCGGAAAGCCUUACAGCACUGCUACGAAAGCGAGGCCUUGCCAUUGAACUAAACCUGGAAGAGGCCAGUCUUCUACGUGACUGUGCCCUUAUGGAAUCCAGCGACCCCUGCGACCCUUCUGCCUUGCCUAAACUUGUGGGCACGGCAUCUACUGCAAUGCCAGCCAGUGAUAAUCCAUCCAGGCAAAAUUCGGAUUCUGCUUUGCCAGUAUGUGACUUCAAAGAAGCCUUGACGAUGGAAGGUGUUGCCAAGAUGUUGGGAGCAGAGAGAACGAUUUUCUUUAAUGACUUGGAAUUUGGAGAGCUCUUGAGCAGAGGUGAGCACACCACCGUUCAGAAAGCAAGAUACAGAGGUUCCGGAGUCGUUGUGAAAGCAUUGCAUCAUCAGGCCAUCAUGUACAAUCAGGAUGCAGUGGAAGACUUGCUGGCAGAGAUCCGGAUCCUCUCUCGGCUGAAUCAUCCACGCCUUGUCCCUUUGGUUGGUGCUUGCUUGGAGGAGUCUCAAGUUAUCGCCUUGGUGACGGAGUUGGCAGCUGGUGGAAAUUUGCAUCACGCUCUCCAUGUAAGACGAGUGGACUUCACGAGGGCACAGCACUUUCAGAUAUCCAUGGAGUUCCUGGAAGGUGUUCGCUAUUUGCAUUCGUUGCAACCGCCAGUUCUCCACUUGGACUUGAAGUCCAUGAACCUGGUGUUAGAUUCAGAGUUUCAACAUGUAAAGAUUUGUGACUUUGGCUUAUCGCGGGUGGUCACUGGGGUGCAGCGAGAGAAUCUCCAACGUGGGGGCUCUCCAAGGUACAUGGCGCCAGAAUGCUUUGACGAGUCGCUCGGAGCGCUCACUGUGAAAACUGAUGUUUGGUCCUCAGCUUGCAUUCUUCUGGAGAUGUUCGGAUCGUGUCAGCCGUACUUUGAGUGCAGCAACCUGCAGCAGAUUCUCAACAUGCUGCUUGUGCAACAGUUGCCUCCAACACUGCCAGAGAGCAUGGAGCCUGCUGUCAAAGUGAUUGUAGCCAAUGCUUUGCAACAUGAGGCAGCAGCGCGGCCAGCCAUUGGCCAAGUGUUGCUGCAGAUGCAAAAGGUGGAUGAUGCGCCUGGCAAAAGCCGCUUCCAAUGGGUGCCCUGA